UAGCCUCACAUUGCCCUUUAAAGAAAUCCAAACCCCGCCUCAGAUAUUUUCUCGCACCCCGCCCCCGAUCUCCCUCCUGUAAGGCACAUUAAUGCUAUAGUGGUGAUCGAUCUCCGUCCAUGGACGCUUCCGGGCCCGGAUCCGACGGCUCCUGCUACUACUCCCUCCUCGGGAUCCGCCGCAACGCCUCCGCCUCGGACAUCCGCUCCGCCUAUCGCUGCCUUGCCCUGAAGUGGCACCCGGAUCGGUGGGCCAAGGAGCCGGCGGCGGCGUCGGGGGAGGCGAAGCGGCGGUUCCAGCGGAUCCAGGAAGCCUACUCCGUGCUCUCGGAUAAGGGCAAGCGCGCCAUGUACGACGCCGGCUUCUACGACCCCCUCGACGACGACGGCGACCAGGAUUUUUCUGAUUUCAUGCAAGAGAUGCUGGCGAUGAUGGACGGGGUGAAAUCGGAGAAGCCGGACACGUUGGAGGACCUGCAGCGUAUGCUGGCGGAGAUCGUGGACGGCGAUUCGGGGAGCAGCGGCACCGGGGGCCACGCGAACGGCCGUCGGGUGCCGUCCGAUUCGUCUAGGAGGAGCCGCAGCGGCCCGAUACGCAGGUGAAGUUUCUGAUCUCUGACCCGGUACUUGAUUGGAAGAAAAAGACGCAAUAAAGGAGGGAAUUUGUUCUA